CCAAACAAAACAUGGCAAAUUGCCUCUUCAUUUUUGCCGUCACUGUCACUACUUUGGUUGCUAUGAUCGUUGGUUUGUACUGGAAUCAAGAUUUACCGGAAGGACUCCCGUAUGAUCAGCAGUUUGGGGCUCGGUUCGUUGGAGCAAACUUGGAUGUUUACCGUUUUCUGGUAGGUUUUUACAAACUUGUUUUUAAAAACUCGAACUCAAAAUAGUCGGAUUGGCCCCAGACCUGCAUGAUUUGCCCUGCAUCCCGUAUGUCUUUCAGUUUCACUGAGUCUUGGUGAUCAGUGCAAUAAUAGUAAACAAUAGUAGCAAUAAUAGUAAACAAUAGUGUACAGUCACAGCCGUCCUGUACACUAUUGUUUUUUAGCGGUCACUCGGAAAUCAUUAAUCAUCAUUAGGGAUGACAAAAUACAGAAACAUUCGAAAAUUGACUUCAAAUUACAGUAGAAUUAAAAUUUACCUUAGUCAUUAAAGUAAUUUUCAUACUUGACAAAUUUUGAAUUCGCAUAUCGGUGAAUGGCGGCAGCAUGGUGAAUUGUUCUAUCACUGAUAUUAUUUGAGAUUUUAUUCCUCUCUUUACUGCUGCCAAUUAUUUCAACAUGACGGUGUCCAACAAGAAAGCUCUUGCUACUUUGGACACCGUACACAAAUGAACUUAAUGUCUUUUAGUUAAUUAUUAUUUGUCAGCUACUUUAUUUUCCUACUACGUACACUUAUGUAAAUAUCUUAUAUAGUGUGAAUAAAGAAUUGAAUUGAAUUGAAUUGUCAAAAUAUGGGGAAAUAUUUCUUUUGACUUUGCCAUACCGGGGUUAUUUCAUUUGUUUUUAUGAGCUCCACUUGGCUUAGGAACAUGACAAAACAUUUUGGACAAGAACUCUUGGACUUUGGACAACCAAAUUUAAUAAAGUGCUUGUCCGAGGGACAAGUGGAUAGGAAAAUUUUUCUCUUACUCUGGUUGCCCCUAAAAUAGUUAAUUUUGUGCCAAAACGAAAUGCAACAUACAUGUCUGGGAUUCCUUUCCAUGUCACAUCCGCCAUUAUUGGUGUUCAAAAGCAAUAAAACAUCAGCCAUGUUGGUGUCCCAAACAUGCUUGUCACCCUAGGCGCUGUUUUCCCCGACCUGACUUACCGCCCCUGGGUCUCCGAGGAUGUGUCCCAAACCAAUCCUCUGGAGGUUGAACCUUUUUGUAUGUAUAGCUGCUGGUAAUGUGAAUGAAAACGCUUUAUAGCGUUAAUCAGCGUUUUGGAAGACAAACAGUAACCUCAACUCAACCUUAUUACAGAAAUAUUUCUUUGAGCACCUUCCCAUGAUACCUAGCAUUAGGCCUACCAUCCUCUUACAAUCAGCACGUGGACUGGGAGCUCAGCUCCAGAUCCAUUACAGUCCUUUUCUCCUGUCAGUUUUUCAAUUAGUAACAAGGUGCCUGGGUUGUAACCUUUUUUGUUUGUAGGUUCGUGCAGCUUCAUUUGUGGGCAUUGGUGAUUCACCCAUUGAAAAUCUGAAUUAUUUGUUGAAUGUAGCAGAACAAAUUUUCGCGCCAGAUGAGGAACCUGGUUUAGAUGUCUAUGACACCAAAAUUGCUAAUGUUCCUGUACGUGUUUAUAAACCAAAACAUCCUGAUGCCAAAUCAACAGGUGUUGUUUAUAUUCAUGGUGGAGGAUGGACCAUUGGUUCCGUUGGUAAGUUCCCAUAAUUAUUUGCUCUGGCGUUACCUGAGGAGUUUCGAGUUCCUGAAUCCACUCCCCUUAGUUCUGCCUCCCCACCCCCCAACCCCGAUCAGGUAAAGACUUUUUUGAGGGACCUAGUCAUUAGGACGAGUUAAGUACUUGGCCCUUGGUUCUUUGUCAACUCUGGUUUUGAAUAAACGACCCUACAACCACCUUAGGGACGAGAUAUCUGUGUGGAAAAAAGUUUUGUAUCUUGAAGGAUUUUAGGAGCGAACGAUGAGGAACAAAUAUUAACACACGUGCAUAUACCAAGAACAUGUCUGCAAGGCAACUCUUUAUUUCACCUUCUUACAUCAUCUUUAUCACGUGACCCAUAUUACCCAAAAUACCACAAAAAGUAAAUAAUGGUAAUUGAACUGAGUGGAGUGCAAUUUGGUCUGAAAUCAUACGUGUGAUUUCAAAAUCAACGAGCGCGCAGCGCGAGUUCGAUUUGAAAUCACAAGUAUGAUUUCACACCAAAAUUGCACGACACGAAGUUAAAUUUCCACUUUAAUACUUCCAUUUUGAAAUCGCAGAAUUUAGUCAAUGAUGCGAUAUAGAACAAAAAUGGUGCGAUUUAAAACAGAAAUGAUGCGAUUUAGAACAUGAAUGACGCGAUUUGGAACAGAUGCGAUUUAGAGCAAAAAAUGGUGCGAUUUAGGAAUAAAUCACACCGCUGAGAGCCAAUCAGAUUGCACGGAUAGCCAGUGAUUUCAAAGUGGAUGUAAUAAAUGAGUAAACUGCAUCAUCUUGGUUUUUUUUGGCAGCAAUGUAUCAUCCUUUAACUUAUCAGUUGGCCAAAGAAGCUAAUGCUGUACUGAUAUCUGUUGAGUAAGUUAAGUCAAAUAAUUAAGUGGACAUUACCUUCAGUCAGAAGCCGAUUACAUUAAGCUUCAGUUUUGAAGAAAUUAAAGUUAACUUGUAAAAUAACGUAACUAAAGAGAGUGAUUUUCAAUUAGUGACAAUAUUUGGUUCCCCUCUAUUGAGGGCUGGGACUGGCUCUCUUGCGCCAAAACUUAUAAUAUGUAGCUAACUAUAAUUACAAGCAAACUUGAAGGCGUCACAUAACUGUAUUUACUCUUUCUUAAGCCACUAUAGGCUUUAGGAAGAAGCUACCACCAUUGUUGUCAGUGAUUUCAAAUAGUGCAAUUAAUCUGUGACUUGUCGUGUGGUGAAUGAUCAAAGCUCUGCUCUGAUUGGAUAUUACCAAGAAGGCGUAAAAGAUAAACCGCGAAAGUUGUCUCAGUAUUUAUUUAAAAAUUAUGAAUUAAAAUUGGAAAGGAUUGACUCCAAGACCUACAAGGUAGAUGGACGCUCCGGCAGGGCUGUGUAUAAAAGUGGGACAGGGACAAGGGGACAGGGACAAGGGGACAGGGACAUCGGGACGCGUGUGUGGGGACUUGGGACUUGGGGACGCGAGACGGGGGACUUGAGGACAUCAACUAUGGGACCUGGGGACGUGUGGGACGGGGACGGGGACGCGGGGACAUCNGAACAUGAAUGACGCGAUUUGGAACAGAUGCGAUUUAGAGCAAAAAAUGGUGCGAUUUAGGAAUAAAUCACACCGCUGAGAGCCAAUCAGAUUGCACGGAUAGCCAGUGAUUUCAAAGUGGAUGUAAUAAAUGAGUAAACUGCAUCAUCUUGGUUUUUUUUGGCAGCAAUGUAUCAUCCUUUAACUUAUCAGUUGGCCAAAGAAGCUAAUGCUGUACUGAUAUCUGUUGAGUAAGUUAAGUCAAAUAAUUAAGUGGACAUUACCUUCAGUCAGAAGCCGAUUACAUUAAGCUUCAGUUUUGAAGAAAUUAAAGUUAACUUGUAAAAUAACGUAACUAAAGAGAGUGAUUUUCAAUUAGUGACAAUAUUUGGUUCCCCUCUAUUGAGGGCUGGGACUGGCUCUCUUGCGCCAAAACUUAUAAUAUGUAGCUAACUAUAAUUACAAGCAAACUUGAAGGCGUCACAUAACUGUAUUUACUCUUUCUUAAGCCACUAUAGGCUUUAGGAAGAAGCUACCACCAUUGUUGUCAGUGAUUUCAAAUAGUGCAAUUAAUCUGUGACUUGUCGUGUGGUGAAUGAUCAAAGCUCUGCUCUGAUUGGAUAUUACCAAGAAGGCGUAAAAGAUAAACCGCGAAAGUUGUCUCAGUAUUUAUUUAAAAAUUAUGAAUUAAAAUUGGAAAGGAUUGACUCCAAGACCUACAAGGUAGAUGGACGCUCCGGCAGGGCUGUGUAUAAAAGUGGGACAGGGACAAGGGGACAGGGACAAGGGGACAGGGACAUCGGGACGCGUGUGUGGGGACUUGGGACUUGGGGACGCGAGACGGGGGACUUGAGGACAUCAACUAUGGGACCUGGGGACGUGUGGGACGGGGACGGGGACGCGGGGACAUAAAAAACGGGGAUGAAGAGGACGCGGGAUGUGAAAAAUUAUUGAAAAAGUGGGCGGUAAAUGCAAUAUCAGUCACUUUCCUAGUGAAUAUGUCUUGGUGAAGGCAACCCACCCUGCCCUCCUUAGGGUUCCUCCAUGUCUGUUUACAGAAUCAGGUAAAGGCUUUUUUAAGGGACCUAGUCGUUAUGAAAAGUUAAGUACUUGGCCCUAGGUUCUUUGUCAACUCUGUUUUUGAAUUAACGACCCUACAACCACUUUAGGGGCGAGGCAACUGUAAAGAAUAAAGUAAAUGAGUGAAAUGCAUCAUCUUGUUCUUUUUUGCAGCAAUGUAUCAUCCAUUAACUUAUCAGUUGGCUAAAGAAGCUAAAGCUGUACUGAUAUCUGUCGAGUAA